GUUGACAAGAAAUAGGCUUAUGCGUUAUUCCACUUGGUGCGGCAAGAGAUUACUCGUAUAAGAGUUGGUGAAUUUGUUGUAAUAGUGUCUGUGGCAUCCUCGUCAGAUGAAUUGACUUCCUGAUUAAUUGAUUUAAUAUGUUGUGGAUAUCUUGCGCCAUAAUAUUAACAUCGUUCACUCUGGUUCAAGCCGGACAGACCACAGGAAUUGUGCCAGUCAGAUUUGUUAGGAGCAAUCGAAAAAUAGAGUCAUCUACCACAAAACCCCUGCAACGUUCUGCUAGAAGCUAUGGGGACCUUACCAUAGAUGUAGCAGUUUGGACUGAACCAACAGUUCCUUUCAUAUACGCCAAACCGAACUCUUUCGGCUUCAGUUUCGAAGAAAAUGGAUACGUCACUCCAGAUUUCAGUAAUGGCUUAGAAUAUCCUGACCCUUUGCUGCUUACUGGUUUGGCAGCAAAACGGGCAGUACGUUAUUUGUACAGUAGGGAAUUGUUCUUCGGAGAUAUACCCCAUAUUAGAGCCCUACUUCGCAACCAAGAAGAGAGACGAUCGAAUGGUUUACCUGGAAACCGCCUUGGUUCCCUAAGAGAACAGUCUCCGUUCCUUAGAUUGAAGAAGCACAGAAGACUACAGAAUCAUCUGUGAAGAUUUUAAUACCAUAUUCUCGAUUUAAAAAAAAAUAUACUGUAAAUAAUAAAUAUUAACUUAUAUUUUUUGUUAGAAAUAGCUAAAAUAAA